AUGGAUGCAGUGAAGUUCGAGGAUUGCCAGCACAGCAGGGAGGUGGGCUUCAUCAGCAGCGACCCCAACUUCGGCGUGAGGCCCGAUGGGUCGGUGUACGCCGAGCAGGAGCUGGGGAACCUGUCGGAGCCCGUGGAGUUCAUGGUGACGGCCCGGGCGCUCCAUGACCCGCACAUCUGGGAGACCACCGUGAAGAUGGCCCUGGCUGGACAUCCUCAUCCUUUAGCCCUCACCAAGGUUGGCAUUGAAGAAAUGCUGUCAAGAGCCUGGGACUCCCAACCCCGAGUUAUCAAGUUCACACGAAAACAUCAGAGGAGCUCCUCCGUCAAUGGGCUAAGGCGACAGAAGAGAGACUGGGUCAUCCCGCCUAUCAAUGUGCCUGAAAACUCCCGAGGACCCUUCCCUCACAUGCUUGUCAGAAUCCGCUCAGAUCAGGACAAAGCUUCCGGCAUCCGAUACAGCAUCACGGGAGCAGGCGCUGAUCAGCCCCCCAGUGGGAUCUACAACAUAGACCCCAUCAGCGGCAACAUGUUCGUCACCCAACCCCUGGACCGAGAGGAGAGAGCCUCCUUCCAUACCCUGUCAGAGCGCAUUCAGAGAGCAGUGCCCUACCUUCACACAGGCACCUCCAGGCUCUGA